UACUUUGGUUGAUCAAUGCUUGUGGGUCGAACAACAACAAAUAUCUCUGCAGGUUUGCUAACUCGGGUGGUUAGUUAGUUAGCUGUCAAAAACAUGCUUCUUCAGACUUUCAGGCCAUGGCUGACCUUGUUCCGUCGCAGAGGAUUGCCAGUAGCAACAACACGACUUUACCACGGUGACAGAGUCGCAGCCGUCGGUACACAGCCUGACACACAGUCCGCGGAGUUUGCGGAAAACUAUGAACGAAUGCAAGUCCUUGUUGAUGAGUUGAAAGGCAGAUCGGAGAAAAUCAAAUUGGGUGGAGGAGAACGUGCCAGAAAGCUACACAUCUCCAGAGGGAAGCUCCUCCCCAGAGAACGCAUAGACAGACUGCUGGACCCAGGGUCUCCGUUCCUGGAAUUCUCCCAGUUUGCAGCAUAUGAGCUCUAUGGGAAAGAGGAGGUUCCAGCAGGAGGCAUCAUCACAGGGAUUGGCAGAGUCUCAGGGGUGGAGUGUGUUAUUGUUGCUAACGACGCCACAGUGAAAGGAGGCACCUACUACCCAGUCACAGUGAAGAAGCAUCUCCGAGCCCAGGAGAUAGCUCAGCAGAACCACCUGCCAUGUAUCUACCUGGUGGACUCCGGAGGAGCCAACCUCCCCAGACAGGCCGAGGUCUUCCCAGACAGAGAACACUUUGGGCGGAUCUUCUUCAACCAGGCUCGCCUCUCCUCAGACGGAAUAGCACAGAUAGCGGUGGUUAUGGGGUCGUGUACAGCGGGAGGAGCGUAUGUCCCAGCCAUGGCUGAUGAGAGUAUCAUCGUCAGGAAACAAGGAACCAUCUUCCUGGGAGGACCUCCUCUGGUAAAAGCAGCAACAGGGGAGACCGUCUCUGCUGAGGAUCUUGGAGGGGCGGAUCUUCACUGCAGGAAGUCAGGCGUAACAGACCACUACGCUCUAGACGAUAGCCACGCCCUUCACCUGGCUCGCAAGGCCGUCCGCAACCUCAACUACACCAAGAACAUACAGGUGACCACAGAGCCCCCCGAGGCGCCUCUCUACCCAGCGGAGGAGCUGUAUGGCAUCGUAGGAGCCAACCUCAAACGCAACUUUGACGUCAGAGAGGUGAUAGCCAGGAUUGUCGAUGGCAGCCGGUUUGAUGAGUUCAAAGCCUUCUACGGAGAUACGGUGGUCACAGGGUUCUCCAGGAUAUUUGGUUACCCUGUUGGAAUCAUUGGUAACAAUGGAGUCCUGUUCUCAGAGUCUGCUAAGAAAGCAACUCAUUUCAUAGAGUUAUGCUGUCAAAGAAACAUUCCACUUAUCUUUCUACAAAACAUCACGGGCUUCAUGGUGGGCAGGGAGUACGAGGCAGGUGGCAUUGCCAAGGACGGGGCGAAGAUGGUCACGGCGGUUGCGUGUGCCAACGUGCCCAAGAUCACGGUGAUCAUCGGCGGCUCGUACGGAGCGGGCAACUACGGAAUGUGUGGCAGAGCCUACAGCCCCCGGUUUCUCUACAUGUGGCCCAACUCCCGUAUCUCUGUGAUGGGUGGAGAGCAGGCUGCCACCGUGCUAGCGACCAUCACUAGAGACCAGCGGACUAGAGAGGGCAAGGAGUUCACAGCAGAGCAGGAGGCAGCCAUGAAGGAACCCAUCGUCAAACGGUUUGAAGAGGAAGGAAGCCCGUACUUCUCCAGCGCUCGGCUGUGGGAUGACGGUAUCAUCGACCCGGCUGACACUCGUCUGGUUCUGGGAAUGAGUCUCAGUGCUACACUCAACGCCCCGACACAGAGGACACGCUUUGGGGUGUUCCGGAUGUAGACAUCAGACAGACUAGACAUCCACAGACCCACUAGAGGACAGACUAGACAUCCACAGAUCCACUAGACAUCAGACAGACUCACUGGAGGACAGACUAGACAUCAGACAGACCCACUGGAGGACAGACUAGACAUCAGACAGACCCACUGGAGGACAGACUAGACAUCCACAGACCCACUAGAGGACAGACUAGACAUCCACAGAUCCACUAGAGGACAGACUAGACAUCCACAGACCCACUAGAGGACAGACUAGACAUCCAUAGACCCACUAGAGGACAGACUAGACAUCCACAGACCCACUAGAGGACAGACUAGACAUCCACAGAUCCACUAGAGGACAGACUAGACAUCCACAGACCCACUAGAGGACAGACUAGACAUCCAUAGACCCACUAGAGGACAGACUAGACAUCCACAGACCCACUAGAGGACAGACUAGACAUCCACAGACCCACUAGACAUCCACAGACAGACUAGACAUCCACAGACCCACUAGACAUCCACAGACCCACUAGAGGACAGACUAGACAUCCACAGAUCCACUAGACAUCAGACAGACUCACUGGAGGACAGACUAGACAUCAGACAGACCCACUGGAGGACAGACUAGACAUCAGACAGACCCACUGGAGGACAGACUAGACAUCCACAGACCCACUAGAGGACAGACUAGACAUCCACAGACCCACUAGAGGACAGACUAGACAUCCACAGACCCACUAGACAUCCACUAGAGGACAGACUAGACAUUAGACAGACCCACUAGAGGACAGACUAGACAUCCACAGAUCCACUAGACAUCCACAGACCCACUAGAGGACAGACUAGACAUCAGACAGACCCACUGGAGGACAGACUAGACAUCCACAGACAGACUAGACAUCCACAGACCCACUAGAGGACAGACUAGACAUCCACAGACAGACUAGACAUCCACAGACCCACUAGAGGACAGACUAGACAUCAGACAGACCCACUAGAGGACAGACUAGACAUCCACAGACCCACUAGAGGACAGACUAAACAUCCACAGACCCACUAGAGGACAGACUAGACAUUCACAGACCCACUAGAGGACAGACCUGACAUCCACAGACCCACUAGAGGACAGACUAGACAUCCACGGACCCACUAGAGGACAGACUAGACAUCCACAGACCCACUAGAGGACAGACUAGACAUCCACAGACCCACUAGAGGACAGACUAGACAUCAGACAGACCCAUUAGAGGACAGACUAGACAUCCACAGACCCACUAGAGGACAGACUAGACAUCCACAGACCCACUAGAGGACAGACUAGACAUCCACGGACCCACUAGAGGACAGACUAGACAUCCACAGACCCACUAGAGGACAGACUAGACAUCCACAGACCCACUAGAGGACAGACUAGACAUCCACAGACCCACUAGAGGACAGACUAGACAUCCACAGACCCACUAGACAUCCACUAGAGGACAGACUAGACAUUAGACAGACCCACUAGAGGACAGACUAGACAUCCACAGAUCCACUAGAGGACAGACUAGACAUCCACAGACCCACUAGACAUCCACAGACAGACUAGACAUCCACAGACCCACUAGAGGACAGACUAGACAUCCACAGACCCACUAGAGGACAGACUAGACAUCCACAGACCCACUAGAGGACAGACUAGACAUCCACAGAUCCACUAGAGGACAGACUAGACAUCCAUAGACCCACUAGAGGACAGACUAGACAUCCACAGACCCACUAGAGGACAGACUAGACAUCCACAGACCCACUAGAGGACAGACUAGACAUCCACAGACCCACUGGAGGACAGACUCUGGAGCCAGUCUGUACUGAUACAAGGACUGUAUCCGGUAUGGGACGUCCCAAAUGGAACCCUAUUCCCUAUAUAGUGCACUACUUUAGACCAGAGCCCUAUUCCCUAUAUAGUGCACUACUACCCCAUGGGCCCUGGUCAAAUGUAGUGCAUUUUAAAGGAAAUAGGGAGCCAUUUGGGACAAUGAUGUAUUUUGUAGAAACAGUAUAUUGCACAACCCCAGGCAGUGUUGCGUGUGUGGUGACUGACCAUAGAAGAUUUUGUUCUGGAAAAGCUACUAAACUGUCAUCUUUGUUAAUCUGUAUCUGUAAUCAUUAAUCAGUGUCAAUAAGGAGACUUGUGUUAAAAGUCGAGAGAUAAGUAACGGAACCUCAAGUCAGAAUCCUAAGUGUCCCCCUGAUCACACUCCGUGCCUCUCUACUACUACUGAUAUGGUCUAACAUCAGGAUUCGUAUCACACCUCUUCUGGGAACUGGGAGUCUCUAUCUCACCAACUCUGGGUUUUGUAUGUUGCUUCUAUUUUCUCUAGAUUUUGGAUUAACACUGAUUUAAAAGAACUGACCGCACACUGAAACCUGUGUUUUUUGUUUCAUUGUGUAUUUACAGAAACCUUGUUCUCCCAUACCCUCCUCAAACUAAUAGCUUUUAAUUGUUGAGCUUUUAGAACACUUGGUAACAUGAUUUGAAACAGCCUGCAUCGAUGCUGGCCAAUGUUUGGUAAAUCUCCAUUUUAUUUGAUUGAAACAGAACUGUGAAAUAUUAAAUGAGUAAAUCUC